GAAUUUUCUGCAUGUUUACACAUAAACAUUGUGCAGCAAGCAAAUCUGCAGAGAAUCUCUACAUUAGUGUAUGACUUAAUUGUAGCGGCAGUUGCAGUUAGUUGUUCAAAAUGGUUUGUGGUACGCGUUGCUUUUGGUUUCUAGUGUUCGCCAUUCUCAAUAACGGUAAUAUACUCCUUGAUUGCAAGAAAUUACAAAGGAGCAAGCGAUUUCUGAUAUUUCCACGACAAAUGCCUUCGCGUUUUAGUUUUAUUGCUGGCAUUGGUAUACCAGCGGAUCUCGAGUAUGAAUCUCUUACCGUUGGUUAUAUUUUGAGGGCACAAUUCUAUGUACCCGUUAACGAAACGGUUUUCCGUGAAAAUCCAUUUUAUCCAGAGUAUAAAAGUGAACACAAUGUCACAUAUGAUCAUCAUGAUCAGCAUCAUAAUUAUAAGCGUAAUUAUGGUUUGCAUUCGAGAGCAUCUAAGCUGCGUUGGAAUUUGUAUACAUAUAUUGCGGAACGACUUAAUGGCUAUGGUUAUAGCGGCAUUGAAUGUGUGCUGAAAGCAAUAUGUGAAGCAAGCGCGCUGAAUUUCCAACGAUAUAAUGGCGUUUUUGAACAGAUCGUGCAUAUUUUAUUGAGCCCCAGUAGCUCCGUUGACAAAGCGACGCCGGAAAGUGUGCAAUACAUAGAAGCAGAGAAAUUCGGUAGAAAAACCGGAGAUUGUAGUUUUUACAAUUGUCGAAUUAGUAUACUGGAUUGGAUAUCGAGUGUACUCAAAAUCUAAUCAUGAAAGUUUUAAAAUUUAAUUUGACAAAUAAUUUAAAAAUAAUAUUUUUAUUAUACGGUCUUUAUCAAAACGUACUUAAAUAAAGAGGAAAUCAGUAA